UGGUUGGACUUAAAGAAGGUCCACCUCCCGCGGGCUGGCGCUCUGGGAUGGCGGAAUAUAGGAGCCGUUCUGGAUCUGGUGCGGAAGGGCUGUGGUGGCGGCAGGAUCCCCUGGAGCCAUGUUGUCAGGAGUGCUGGUGGUGUCAGCUCCAGGGAAAGUCAUUCUCCAUGGGGAGCAUGCCGUGGUCCAUGGCAAGGUAGCCCUGGCAGUGGCUUUGAACUUGAGAACAUUCCUCAGGCUUCAGCCCCACAGCAAUGGGCAAGUGACCCUGAACUUACCAAACAUUGGUACCAAGCAGACCUGGGAUGUGGCCAACCUUCAGCUGCUGGACACGAGCUUUCUGGAGCAAGGUGACGUCUCAGCACCCACCGCCGAGCAAGUGGAGAAGCUGAAGGAAGUGGCGGGCAUCCCCAAGAACUGCGCCGUCUCCGAGCACCUGGCUGUGCUGGCCUUCCUGUACUUAUACCUGGCCAUCUGCCGGAAGCAGAGGACCCUGCCGAGCCUGGACAUUACCGUGUGGUCGGAGCUGCCCCCUGGGGCUGGCUUGGGCUCCAGUGCCGCCUACUCCGUAUGCCUGGCAGCCGCUCUCCUGAUCGCAUGUGAGGACAUCUCUAAUCCGCUGCAGGACGGGGACAGCAUCAGCAGGUGGCCUGAGGAGGAUUUGGAGUUAAUUAACCAUUGGGCCUUCCGUGGGGAGAGGGUGAUCCACGGGAACCCCUCCGGCGUGGACAAUGCCAUCAGCACCUGGGGAGGAGCCCUCCGAUACCAGCAGGGGAAGAUUUCAUGCCUAAACAGGCCCCCAGCCCUCCAGAUCCUGCUGACCAACACCAAGAUCCCACGAAGCACCAAGGCCCUUGUGGCUGGUGUCAGGAACAGGCUGAUCAAGUUCCCAGAGAUCGUGGCCCCACUCCUGACCUCAAUAGAUGCCAUAUCCCGCGAGUGUGAGCGCGUGCUAGCAGAGAUGGCGGCAGCCCCGGCCCCGGAGCAGUACCUCGUGUUGGAGGAGCUCAUCGACAUGAACCAGCACCACCUGAAUGCCCUCGGCGUGGGCCACACCUCUCUGGACCAGCUCUGCCAGGUGACCGCGGCCCAUGGACUGCACAGCAAGCUGACUGGCGCGGGUGGCGGUGGCUGUGGCAUCACGCUCCUGAAGCCAGAUCUGGAGCGGGCUGAAGUGGAGGCUGCGAAGCAGGCGCUGACCGACUGCAGGUUCGACUGCUGGGAGACCAGCAUUGGGGCCCCCGGCGUCUCCGUGCACUCGGCCGCCUCCCUGAGUGGCCCCGUCCGCCAGGGCCUGGGUGGCCUCUGAGAGGAGCGCACGAUGCUUCAGCCCUGCAGAGAUUCUUCUGGAUGCAGAGUUCGCCCCGCAUGGACCGGCACCACACGGCCCCUGACACUGCCGCAGAGGCCGCCAGCCCCUCCUUACUGCCCUUGCUCCUGGCGGUGCCCCCUGAGUCCCAGUGGCGGGGCUCCCCUGGGGUCCCCUGAGACGGCAGAUCCAAGAUGGGGGCGGGGGUUUCCUCGACAGCCGCAGAGCCAUCAUGGUUCUGUCCGUCUGCGCCCUGCGUGUGCCUCAGUCUCCCCAGCCUGGCUGCAGGGAUGCAGAUCUGGCCCCAGCACAGUGUGCCUUCUCUCCCUCUGCCUCCCCACUUCCGCUAGCCUCAGGGCCUAGCCCCUUCCUCCCUCCUCCAGGAGGCCCUCCCGACCCAGCAGGCUGGCCCCUGUUCCUUGUCACACCGCUGGUGUGGCAGCGCCACGCAGCAGUUUGUGCGGCCUGACCUCCCACCUGGCUGUGCCCCAGGGCGGUGGCCUUUGCCUUCUGUCCUCAGCCAAGGCAGGCGGAGUGAAGGCAGCGGGGAUGUGGGCUGACUCCCACCCAUGCCAGAGCAGUUUGCAAAAAAGGUGGCAGAUGGUAAUAAAAAGAACUUGCGUAAA